AUGGCUUCCCUCGUCGACAUCAUCCCCCGCCAUCCGCACGAGACUUCCGCGCUUCAGGACGCCAUCUACCGCUCGCUGCAAGACGCGCGCAGCCUGUACGGUCCCCACAGGAAGUCUUUUGACGGCUUGACGCAGCACAAGCGCGCCCGCGACGAGAUCACCGCUCUUCCCGCCAAGCGCCAUCGCCUCUCAUCGGGAUCCGCCUCCGACCCUUCGCAGCCCAAGAGCGGGAUUCCCAAGGUGAAGAGGUGGGAUGAAGGACUCGAGAUGUACCGCCGUGGCGCCUUGCGCUUGACCCGUACGCCUGGUCGCGCGACUUCGACCAAUGUCGUCUCUCUCAGCGAUGUUGUCAAACCGGAAGCGCUCGAAGCCUUCGCGAGCCACUCGUUCAUCGUCGAGGACGACUUCCUUGCGGCGCACCUGCCCCUCCAGGGACCGCACAGCCUGCGAGGCGUCCCGAUCUACGACUCCCGUCCCAUCGAGUCCGACCCCAUGUUCCAUUUCGCGGCGCAGCAGGGUCUGCUUCCCGACAUCAACCUCGACAAGCGCACGAAGUUGACCAAGGCGCAACACGCUCAAGCUGUCCCCGUCGUCCGCGAGCUUCACAGGCAGUUCGGCCCUCCAGGACUCAGGCCGCUGUAUCCAUGGGCGAGCGGAUGCGCGCACUCCAAGUUCUUCCUUCUCUUCUACCCGGGCUUCCUCCUCCUCGUCAUCACGUCGUGCAACACGAUGCAGAUCGACAUGGAUCUCUCGGACAACCACUGGUACAUCCACGCCUUCCCCGAGAUUCCGCCCGGCAAGAAGCGCAAGGCCAAGACUACCUUCGAGCACGACCUCCUUGCGCACAUGCUCGACCUCGACUGGCCCGAGGAGGUCAUCUCGCGCGUCCGCGACAAGUACGACUUCCGCUCGGCCGAAGGGCGCGUCCACCUCGUCGCCUCCGUUCCCGGCACGAAGCGCGCGACCGACGGCGAAAGCUCGUACGGCAUGCUUCGCCUCAACGAGCUCGCCCGCCAGAUCAUCCCCAAGAGCGUCAAGCCCGACAUCGCUAUGGAGUUCUGCGCCGGCUCGGUCAGCUCGCUUCCACCAGAGUGGAUCGACCAGACCGACAAGCUCCUUCGCGGCCGCGACCUCUCGAGGGCUGUCUCCGUGACCAAGCCCGGCGUUCCCGAGCCGCCCGUCGCCCUCAGCAACCUCCCGGAGUGGUCGAUCGUCUUCCCGACGAAGGCGACCGUCGCAGCCUGCUCGCCCGAUGUCAUCACGGCCGCUUCGAACAUCGGCUGCUGUCUGAACAACAAGGAGUGGCCCAAGACGCCUGACGAGGUCCGCUCGAUGUUCUUCGACUACGCCUCGAAGGACCCGGGACGCCUCUUCCACAUGAAGUUCUACCAGUGGAAAGACUCUCGAAACAAGAACCCGUCGGCGCCACCGCUCAUGGUCUACCUCGGAUCGCACAACCUGUCGAAGGCGGCGCUCGGCGAAGUCUCUCGCCUCAAGUCCGGCGCAGGCGACGUCCGCAUCAGGUGCAGCAACUUUGAGCUCGGCGUCGUCAUCCGCGGCGAGGACAUUGUCGACUUCCUCGAACCCGGCUCGUCGUGGGACGACAUCGUCCCGUACGUUCGUCCGUCGAGGCCAUACAACAACAGGACGGGCGACUCGCCGUGGAACUCGCCUGCCUGGGUCUCGCAGGAGUGA